AUGAAUCCCUCCGACCCCUCGGAGACGGUCGAGGUCGCCAAAGCGACAGCCAACCUUCAUGAUGCCCAUUUGAAUGAAAAAAAGGCUCCUUCCAUUGACAAGGACUUGGACAUCACACCGAGUAUUGAAGAAGUACCGGCGACCAAAGUUGUUGGCGCCACCACCGAUGAUACCGAUCUCCAAAAGACCUAUCCGACCGACGAGGAACUGAGAACCCUGCGUCGAGUGUGCGGACAAAUCCCAUGGACCUCAUAUACCGUGGCGUUUGUGGAACUGUGCGAGCGAUUCUCCUACUAUGGAACCACAGCCGUUUUCGUCAACUUUAUCCAGCGUCCCAUGCCGGCAGGCUCCUCCACCGGUGCGACCUAUGAUAGUUCACGAGUGCCGGGAGCGUUGAACAUGGGCCAACAGGCCUCCACUGGUUUGACCUUGUUCAAUUCCUUCUGGUCCUACAUCAUGCCCACGGCCGGCGCAUUCGUGGCCGAUCAAUACUUGGGUCGAUUCCGCACCAUCAUGUACUCCAUCGCUGCCGCUUUGCUUGGCCAUUUGAUUCUGGUCAUCUCCGCCAUUCCCAGCGUGAUCUCCCACCCCCAGGGCGCGAUCGCCUGUUUUUCGAUCGGUCUGAUCAUCAUGGGCGUGGGAACGGGCGGUUUCAAAUCGAACAUUUCACCCCUCAUCGCCGAGCAGUAUCGCGAGGAAUAUCCAUACAUCAAGACCCUUGCCUCCGGGGAACGGGUGAUCGUGGACCCAGCCAUCACCGUCCAGCGGAUCUACCUGUACUACUACUUGACUGUCAACAUUGGUUCCAUCACCGGCCAGGUGAGCAUGGUCUAUGCCGAGAGAUAUGUUGGGUUUUGGCUCUCGUACUUCCUGCCGACAUGCUUGUUUCUGUGGUGCCCGACGGUGUUGUUCCUCUGCCGGAACAAGUACUACCGGGUGAAACCACAAGGCUCCGUCUACACACAGGCGUUCCGGCUCUGGAAGCUGGCGAUGAAGGGGCGGUGGUCGCUGAACCCGGUUCGGCUGUUCAAACGCAAUGACAAGCCAUUCUGGGAACCAGUCAAGCCGAGUGCUUUGGGUCCUAAUCGUCCUCAGUGGAUGACCUUCGACGACGAAUGGGUCGACGAGGUUGCUCGUGGGCUGAAAGCGUGCAAAGUGUUCCUGUGGUACCCUCUGUUCUCGGCCACCAUGCACCUCGGUGGUGUCCCCAACGACAUCAUCAAUAACCUCAACCCCCUUGCCUUGAUUAUAUGCAUUCCCAUUUUUGAUCGGGUCAUCUACCCUGGCCUGCGACACCUGGGAUUCAACUUUACGCCUAUUAAGAGAAUCACGUGUGGGUUCGUGGUUGCCGGCUGCUCCAUGAUCGCCGCCACGGUGAUCCAACACUACAUUUACGUGAAAGGCCCUUGCGGCAAAGAGGCCAACUACUGUCUCGAUGAAUAUGGAAAGUAUUCGCCCAUCUCCGUCUGGACCCAGGCAAUUAUCUACAUCCUCGGUGGUAUCUCCGAGAUCUUUGCCUCCAUCACCUCCCUCGAGUAUGCCUUCACCAAGGCCCCCAAGAACAUGCGGUCGAUCGUACAGGCCGUUGCACUCUUCAUGAACGCCUUCUCCUCCGCCAUCGGCCAGGCCUUUGUCGGCUUGUCUAAGGAUCCCUUGCUGGUGUAUAACUAUAUGGUGGUGACGAUCCUAGCCUUUGUCGGUGCCAUUGGAUUCUGGUUGAGCAACUACAAGCUGGAUCGGAGGGAAGACGAGUUGAACAACCUGCCGCAGAGCAAAUAUACCGAAAAGAAUGGCGUGAGUUUGGACGAGGAGAAUGCCCGGAAGUAA